AUGUUUUUUAUUAUCAAGGAUUUACGUGAAAGUGAUACACGUUUAUUGGUAUUUGGUUCCAAAUGGGGUAUUGAAUAUUUAUCAGAAGUUGAUACGUGGCAUAUGGAUGGUACAUCUAAAACUCGUCCAUUAUCAUUUAGACAACUGUAUAUUAUUCAUGGUUAUAGAAACGGUUACAUGAUAUCAACAGUCUAUGCAUUGACAUCAGAUAAAGGUGGUAAAGUACUUGCAUCAAGUACGUUCUCUAGGGGUUCCGAUGUCCUCUGUCAACAUCACCGAAGGGUUUUGGACAAACCGCCACAAUACAAUACGCCAUAA